AUGUCUUGGGAUAUUGAAUUAGAUGAUCAAUUAUUACAAGAUCUUUAUGCAUGGCUCGAUCAAAUCCCAUUAAGUCGACCAAAGAAACGUAUUGAAAAAGAUUUUGCUGACGGUGUUAUGGUUGCCGAAUUAAUUAAAUAUUAUUUUCCUAGUUGGGUUGAUCUACAUAAUUAUGCAGCGGCGAAUAGUACACAACAGAAAUUAAUUAAUUGGGGUCUUUUAAAUAGAAAAAUCCUUUGCCGAUUUGGUCUUAAUGUACCGGAGCCUGUUAUGCGUGGAAUAUGUCUUGGUCGAAGUGGACUCGUCGAAGUAUUUCUUUACAAUUUAAGAACUAAAGUCGAUGAUUAUCUUUAUGGAAUGGAAACGAAUCCGAGUGAUCCUCAAUAUCGAGUUCUUCAUCAACAGGCUAAAACAAGUGAAUCUAAUGCCAUAACACCUCGUCAUCGUCAACAGCAUUCACCACCACCACUACCACCGCCACACCAACAACAUCAACAUAUACCAAAAAAAGCAACAUCAAUGCAGAACUUGAGUGCAGACAUGGUUAGUCGUAUUGAAUAUGAUGAAAAAGAACAAGAAUGUAUUGCCAAAGAAGAACAAAUUCAAAUUUUACAAGCAAAAAUUCGACGUCUAGAACACUUACUUCAUUUAAAAGAUAUUCGAGUGGAUGAUUUGGCAGAAAAACUUGAUCAAACCAGAGGUGUACCUGGUAAUAGUGGUGGAAGAUCAAAUCGUCAACAGCAACCACAUAUACCAACCAAUGGACGCAAAUAA